AUGAAGCCCGCGGCCCCAGCAGCUGUCGGGGUGCUGCUGGCCCUGGCCCUGCUGGCCCUCAUCCACCUGCCCCCACCUCCGCCCCGCUCGCUGCUCCCGCUGCCGGCCUCACCCCGCGCAGGGCCCCCGCGGGCGGCGGUCCCCGCGUCUGCAGCCCGGGCCUACAGAAGGAGGCUCCCCGUGCCCCGCACUCGCCCGCGGCAGGAGCGGGCCCCUGGCCGGAGCAGGAGGCGCCGAGGGGCGGGGAGGGACACUCCGCCGUGGCUCUCUGCUGACGACCUCCAGAAGAUGUGGCUGCUGUCCAGGGGGCAGGUGGUCUCCAAAACCCGUGUCCCUGCCCACGGGCAAGUCAUGCGAGUGGGGCUGCGUGCCGUGGGGGAUGCCGAGGGAGAUGUCUCAGCCAGCCCAGAAGGAGACUGCCAGGAUGGGCGCUGUGGGCUCAUCAAGCGCCCCGGGGACCUGUACGAGGUGCUGGCCUUCCACCUGGACAGGGUGCUGGGGCUGAACCGCAGCCUGCCCGCCGUGGCCCGGCGCUUCUCCAGCCGCCUCCUGCCCUACAGCUACACCAACGGCGCCCUGCGCCCCAUCAUCUGGUGGGCUCCUGACCUCCAGCACCUGGAGGAUGCCAGCAAUGACCAGAACUCCUGUGCCCUGGGAUGGCUGCAGUACCAGGAGAUGCUGCAGCCCCGCAGACCGACGGUGGUGGCCAGGGACGCUCCCUGCUCCAGCAUCCCACACAGCGAAUGGAGCCGCCUGGCUCUCUUUGACUUUCUUCUCCAGGUUCACGACCGCCUGGACCGCUACUGCUGUGGCUUUCAGCCUGAUCCCUCUGAGCCCUGCGUGGAGGAGAUGCUCCAUGAGAAGUGCCGGAAUCCAGCAGAGCUGGUCCUGGUCCAUAUCCUGGUCCGGAGGAGUGCGCCAUCCCGCCUGGUGUUCAUCGACAACGCAGGCAGGCCACAGCACCCUGAGGAGAAGCUCAACUUCAGGCUCCUGCAAGGCAUAGACAGCUUCCCGGCGGCGGCGGUGGCCACACUGCGGUCGGGCAGAUUGCAGAGCCGGCUGCUGGAGUCCCUGCGCCUGGACCGGGAGCUCUGGGAGAGCCAGGGUGGUGCCGAGGGGCUGAAACCCCUGCUCCGGACCAUUGACAGGCGGGCACAAAUCCUGCUCCGCCACAUCCAAGAGCACAACCUGGAGGUGUUUGAGGACUCGCCGCGCUGAGCCGAACUCCGGCUGGCUCACGGUGCCUGCCUUGCGCAUCCCAGCAGCCAUGGAUGUACCUCAUGCCCUCGGCAUGGACGUUACGAGGCUCUGUGCUGGUGCUUGGCCCUCCACAAGGUGUUUCGCUUCAUCUCGUAGGAUGAUGUGGAGAAGCAGAUGGAAUCACAAGAUGGAAUCACUCCUAAGACAACCCACAACUGCUUGUGAAAGGCAACAGUCAUCAAGUUAUGGUCUCAGCAUGGAUUUUCAAAGGAGGGGCAAUUCAGUGAAAUUUUUUGGGUGCCUUUACUCACACGCAUGCAAACAUACACACAGAAACUAUGAAAACUGGAGGCUUGGACAGUUGAACAGCUGACAAGGACCCUGGAAAGAGUUAAAGAAGCAAUGGAAGAAGUCACUGGCAGCCUUUCCAUGGCUUGUGCUGGACUUUUUGAUGAUGUCUUCACUAUUUCUGAAACAUCCUAGACAGAGAGUUAGGGGGAAAGCAGAGGGGAGCUUUCUAAAGGAUUAAACAAAGACAAGACACUAGAGCUGAGGUCUGCCUUUCCCCCUGCAGAAGAGGUGAAGUGUGCCUGGGAGUGAGUGUGAGCCACUGCCUGAAGCUGAGACUAGGCAGGACCUUGGAGCUCAGCAACACUGGGCAGCAGAUGCGCUCACGUAGCCCAUGGUACCAUGGCCAGUGAGAGCCACGAGCUGUGUGCCAUGUGCCAUGAUCCAUGCAUGUGCCUUGAUGGGCCUGGGCUGCUGCCAAUGCUGUCAAUAUCAGAUCUGAAGAUUUAAAUCUCUAGUUCACUCUUUCCCUUCACUGUCAGGGAAGUAAAGGCAAAACUACCCCACUUCUUGAAAGCACUCUGACUGCUCUCUUGGGCAUGACUACAUGUAACUCUUCCCCAGGCUUGCAGAAAUUUGUUUUAACAAAAAUGCCCGGCUGUUUUAGCAGAAGGCAGUCCAGCGUGAAAUGCUUUCUGAGCAUGCUAGCACCUCCAGCAGAGCCCAUCCUGUUCCUGUCACCCCUCAGGCUCUUGCCUAGCAGCCCACUCUGAUGAGGAACAGCAGCCUCCUAGCUAGGCAGGUCCUCAAGUGUCAGGGCUGAGAGAUAAUUCAAAAUCAAAAUGAAUAGGACGAAAAAGAUGCAGGGAUGGGCUCCAACUUUCCCCACAGUGUAUCUCCCAGCUGAGGCAUGCAUUCAGUGUUUGCCUGGCCUGUGGGUUUAUGAUUUGCCACCAGAAGGCUUUUUAAAGGCCUCAAUUUUUCCUGUGUUACAGGCAGAGCAUCCAUGCUUCAGGCACUCCGAUUCACUUGUGCUUUGGAAAAUUUCAGUGAGACUGGCCUGGGUACCCAGCUGCACCAUGGUGCAGCUGUCCCAUUGCUUUGGAGAACUUGGCCACCCCUGCAGUGGGAGAGGAAAAGCUGUGUAUGGAUACCUUCCCUGCUCCAUCCUUCUCAGCACAAUGUCAGUUUGAGAGCCUGUAAAGGGAUGCUUUAACACCCAUGCUGAUAAGCACAGGCAAUUACCUUUUUUCCCCUUUUCUCUCUUGCUGAAGAGAGGAUGAAGCGAGAGGCGGGUGACAUGAAUCAACAAGCAAGCAUGAGUGCUCUCAGGAAGCAUCAGCACUCAGCAUCUCAGGCACAGCAGCAUCCAAAGUGCCAUCAGCUUGUUCCUGGAGUCCUGCCCUCCAAUUAGCCAGGGAGAGCCUUUCCCCCAGCACUCUCUCCACCCCGUGAAUUAUCACCCCAUUUGCUGUGCCAUGAGAUGGAUGACGGUCAUGGAAACCCUGCUAAAGCCUGAAUCCCGGGGAUUUACUACUGGGAGUUGAGCUUAGCUUUUAAGCUUGAAAGAGAACAAAAUAACUCAUCCUGGGUCCUAUGAAAAGCUGUUCCCAGGCAUGGCUGUGUAAGAGUAAAGGAUACUAAAUGUAACAUAAUUAAAUCCAAAAAAUACGCUGGGAAAAACAGUGAGGUAAAAAGAGCGUAAGUUAAGAUAUACAGCGUGAGUCAGAAUCUUGCUUUUUCUCAUUAAAGUGAGAAAUUUCAUUAAAGGGGAGGUUUUCCUCCCAUGUAAGCCAAGUUCCCAGUGAGAAUCAAGAGACAGGUGGGGGGCUCUGCGCAGUGGCCAAAGCUGUGGACAUUGCUGAGCUGUACCAACAGCUUUUGCCUUGCCUCUGGUUGCAUCUGCUCGACCUUAACAUUGCACAAGGUAGCGGGGUUUUGGGUUUUUUUAAUUCUAUUUCUUUGGUUGUAAUGUGAGUUUGCUGGCUAAACACAUGUGGGAACAUCUGUAUGCAGUUAUACAUGUGAAUCAAAAUUCCUUGUGAUUUAACAAAGAGCCACGUAUGGAUAAAUAAGAGAAACAAAAGCCAAGAUCUUGCUGAGACUGAUCAUUAAUCUUCUCUAAUUAGUCCAUUUUUCCAUGAGCUUGCCUGUGUAUCCAGCAUAGGCUCUGAACUGCGGUCAUGGCUAUUCAGAGGCAUCCUGUGGACUGCUUGCGUCAGCCUUUGCCAUGUUGUGUUGGGUUUGGUUUGCUCCAGCUAUCAAUCAUGUCAUAUUUCCUAUCAUAAACUUACUUUUAUGGUUAUAACUAUGAUAUAAUUAUAAAUAUUCAUGUGGGGCUGUGCUUGACAAACUAGAUUUGAGCAGGGAUGCUGUUUUACCAAAUUUUACUGCUCAUCAUCACAGGUCGUGUUGGGGUGUGGUCGCAAAAAAAGAUGGUUCAAGCUGGCUGCAGGAUGGCUUUGUCUUUAAGAAAGCAGCAGCAACAGCUAAGCAAGGGAAGAAGCAGUGGAGAGACAAGGGCUCCUUGACGGCGGGGAAUCCCUGCGGCACCCCUCUGCUCACCCUUGGCACCACGGGAAUGUGCUCAUUUGGGGGAACAGCAUUUGGGAGCACGGGCACGCACCUCCACGGAGCUCCACCAGGAGGGAGCUGCUUCAUCCCGCAGCGACUGGAGUGACAGGAUCCGUGUUUAACAGCUCUCUGGCUGUGCACAGGCUUUCAGCUGGCAGAAGAAAGGCCUGGGGGUUGGAAACCUGGGAACAAGUGGCUCCAACCUGCCGAGCACACGCACUCACACGAGCAAACGCGCACCGUGUCACUGCUCCUGUUCGGCCUCAUCUUAACCCCCCAGACCUGGUGAUCCCCGGGCACCCCCAGCAGCCUGCUCCUGGCUUUGCUGGCCUCACCCGCCGUAAACUAAAUGCCCAUUUGCUGCAUUUAAGAGCCACUUCUUGAGCUGGACACCGGACACGAAGUAAUCUUUUCUGCAGUCUUGUAUGGACCUCGCAGAGCAGCCCCAGCAUUCACUGAACCCACCCGGUGGCCAGGGGUGACACCAGUGGGGUGACACUCGAGAUGGUGAACCACCCUUGUGCUUCCUCCCCCUUAAGGGUGGGUUGUCUCUGCCCCCAGAGACCCCACAGGGUGCUCUGCAAAACCCACCGUGUGGCACAGGGGAAGUGCGGGCUGACUGCUGCCUGAAAGGCA